UACCUGUAGCAGCAAUAUUUAAAAAAGACUGUAAAUAUCAGAAAUUCAUAGUUCUCUCCACGUCUUGAGCGGAGGUGGUUAUAAACUGUAAGUUGGCAUUCCGGAGAAGAGAGAAACUUUAUGCGUCUCCCAAAACCAAAAGAGACACAUUCACACACGAACAGUUUACAAGAAACGUUUUGAUUUCUAUACGCAAGAGCGUUUUUAUAUAUUCAAGAAAGAAAGAAAAAAACGUUUUUGUUUGCGCAAAAUGGACAACAGUCCGCCCAGUUCUGGAGGCCCCAGUGACAACAGAAUGGAACCGCUUCUGGUGUCACUAGAUGACGCCGUACCCGGAAGGUCCUCGUGGAGACUCGAUGUGAAGGAGUUUCGGCUACCCCAGCAGAGCACUGCAACAACUGCAGACCAUGACAACGGACGGCGUCGUUUUUCUCUCCGUCGCCUUUGCUGCACCUCCAAGAAAGAAUACAAGGUUGAAGAAUAUUACAAGCAACAAGAAAGGCUUCUUGAGGGGUUCACUGAGAUGGAGACCAUGACUGAAGAGGGUUGUUUGCCAGGAAGUCUUACAGAGGAUCAAAUGAAGCAGCUAGCAAAGAGUGAGAGGAUGGCAGUACAUGUAUCAAACAUAGCUAAUUUGGUGCUUUUUGCAGCAAAAGUUUAUGCUUCAAUUAUGAGCAGAUCAUUGGCAGUUAUAGCCUCUACAUUGGAUUCCCUCUUGGAUCUCUUGUCUGGCUUUAUUUUGUGGUUCACUGCCAAUGCCAUGAAAAAUCCAAACCAGUUUCACUAUCCUAUUGGGAAGAAACGUAUGCAACCAGUGGGUAUCAUUGUCUUUGCAUCAGUAAUGGCAACUCUUGGACUGCAAAUAUUGCUUGAGUCUGCUCGGGAACUCAUCUCACAGUCACCGCCAGAAAAAAUGAAAUUUACGGAAGAGAUGUGGAUGAUCGGUAUCAUGGCCUCAGUCACAGUAGUGAAGUUUGUUCUCAUGGUCUACUGUCGCAGAUUUAAAAACGAAAUUGUACGGGCCUAUGCACAAGACCAUUUUUUCGAUGUUAUUACUAAUUCAGUUGGUUUAGCAGCAGCAGUCUUAGCCGUCCGGUUUUUCUGGUGGAUUGAUCCUACUGGUGCUAUUGUUAUAGCACUCUAUACCAUUAAUACAUGGGCAAAGACAGUUUUGGAGAAUGUGCAUUCGCUAAUCGGAAGAACAGCCCCGCCCGACUUCUUAGCAAAGUUAACUUAUUUGAUAUGGAACCACCAUGAAGAGAUCAGGCACAUUGACACAGUGAGAGCGUACACAUUUGGCUCUCAUUACUUUGUGGAGGUUGACAUUGUCUUGCCAGAAGACAUGCUUCUGAACAAAGCACACAACAUUGGUGAGACUCUCCAGGAGAAGCUCGAGCAACUCCCUGAAGUCGAACGGGCUUUUGUGCAUAUCGAUUUUGAGUUUACUCACAGGCCAGAACACAAGAACAAUGUAUGAUGGGGUGGUAGUGGAGCUACAAGCAGGCUUUUCCAGAGCACACAGUUUUUAAAUAAGCUGCUGAUUGUGCUUUCAUUUUAUCAUCUCUUCGCUUGUGCGCCAAAUGUUUUAUAACUUUAUGGCAUUACCUUUCUUAUGGUUUUAGUUCCUUAACUUUUAGUCUUGGAACCAGUUACAUUAUCUGAUGAUGCAACCUCAACACUUUUGUUUUU